AUGGCAACGAUGCCUGCGUUUAUGCCCGGGAAAGCCCAAGGGACUUUGGCCUUUGAUGAGUUUGGUCGACCAUUCAUUAUAUUCAAAGACCAAGAGAAGAAAAAGCGCUUGACUGGAAUUGCUGCACAUAAGUCGCAUAUACUUGCAGCAAAGUCUGUCGCAGGCACAUUGCGCACAUCUUUGGGUCCGAAGGGCCUAGACAAGCUUCUUGUCAGUCCAGAUGGGGAUAUCACGGUUACGAACGACGGUCGUACGAUUCUAGACAAAAUGGAUGUCGAACAUGAAAUCGCAAAGUUACUUGUCCAGCUUAGCAGGUCCCAGGACGACGAAAUAGGUGAUGGCACCACGGGUGUCGUCGUCUUGGCGGGUUCACUUCUUGAGCAGGCUGAACAGCUUCUCGACCGCGGGAUUCACCCCAUUAAAAUUGCAGACGGAUAUGAGUUAGCAGCGAAACGAUGCCUCAGUAUCUUAGACGAAAUAAGCGACCACUUUGACUUCUCGAUUGAAAACAAAGAACCCCUAAUAAAAACCGCCAUGACUGCCCUUGGAUCGAAAAUUGUCAAUCGAUGUCAACGACAAUUUGCUGAGAUAGCCGUGGAUGCUGUUCUCGCUGUGGCGGAUCUGGAGAGGCGUGAUGUAGAUUUUGAGCUUAUCAAGGUGGAAGGGAAAGUUGGUGGACGAUUAGAAGAAUCGAUUCUUGUCAAGGGAGUCAUCAUAGACAAGGACUUUUCACAUCCGCAAAUGCCCAGGAUUGUCAAAGACGCUCGCCUUGCAAUAUUGACGUGCCCCUUCGAACCACCUAAGCCGAAAACUAAACACAACCUGUAUGUUGGUAGCGUGGAAGACUACAAUAAAUUAAAGGAAUACGAACAGAAAAAAUUCCAAGAAAUGGUUAAAAUGGUCAAAGACGCCGGAGCGAAUCUGGUUAUUUGCCAAUGGGGAUUCGAUGACGAGGCUAAUCAUCUACUUCUACAGGAGCAACUACCAGCCGUGCGUUGGGUCGGUGGACCUGAAAUUGAAUUGAUUGCCAUAGCUACUGGUGGCCGCAUCGUACCCCGUUUCGAGGAAUUGUCUUCUGACAAACUUGGCAAGGCGGGGACAGUUCGGGAGUUAUCGUUCGGUACCACGAAGGAACGUAUGCUUGUAAUUGAGGACUGCGUCAACUCUAAAGCAGUUACCUGUUUCCUUCGUGGCACCUCACGAAUGAUGGUUGAUGAAGCUAAGCGCUCGUUACACGAUGCCUUAUGUGUGGUCAGAAAUCUUGUCAGAGACUCGCGCGUUGUUGCUGGGGGCGGUGCCAGCGAGAUCGCAUGUGCGCUAGCCGUAUCUGCAGAAGCGGAUAAAGUCGAAGGAAUGGAACAGUACGCAAUGCGCGCCUUUGCAGACGCUCUUGAGGCCAUCCCAAUGGCGUUGGCCGAAAAUUCGGGAUUACCACCUAUUUCUACGGUCGCCGAACUGAAAGCCCGUCAGCACGCAGAUAAUAACCCACAUCUCGGUGUUGACUGUUUGAAUCUGGGGUGCAACGACAUGAAAACUCUCAACGUUUUAGAGACACUGAGCUCCAAGCGCGCCCAAAUCAUGUUAGCCGUACAGCUCUGCAAAAUGAUCCUCAAAAUCGACGACAUUCGAGUCUCUGUCGAUGUGUAAUCACCUGUUUUCGGCNUCGAUGUGUAAUCACCCGUUUUCGGCGUUGCCUUUUAAAUAAACCGGUUUGAACAUUGAUUACCAGUUGCUCUUGUUGGAAAGCACUGAUUUCCUCACUUUAUCUAAUAAUCGGAUGGAUCGACUUACAAUGUGGUUUGUUGUUUGAUUGCCUGUUGGGACUAGACUCGAUCGGUCGUAUAGGGCAUGCUGGUGAGAUGGAUGUGGUAGUUGUGAUAGCUGUC